CAGGCAUACACGUGUCUUCAGAAACAGCUUCAUAACUAUGUAAUUUAAAACUUAAAGUGUGAAAGUGAGCCACUUCUGCAAAUAAGUCAAAGAAGCUGGGAGCAGAAAAAAGCAAGAUGAAUACAUCUGGAGGAAGCUGUGGGAGCCCUAGUUCUGCAGAACCGACUGGAGAUUUCUUCAAGGAAUUGUGGUCCAAACUGAAAGAAUGUCAUGAUAAAGAAGUACAAGGCUUACAGCUGAAAAUAUCUAAAUUGAAAAAGGAAAGAUGCUUGGAUGCAGAGAGGCUCGAAGAGUUUUAUACCAAGAACCAACAGCUCAGAGAACAGCAAAAAGCACUUCAUGACACUAUCAAGGUUUUAGAAGACAGAUUAAGAGCGGGAUUAUGUGAUCGUUGUGCUGUAACUGAAGAACAUAUGAGAAAGAAGCAGCAAGAGUUUGAAAAUAUCCGGCAGCAGAAUCUUAAACUUAUCACUGAGCUUAUGAAUGAAAAAAACAACCUACAGGAUGAAAAUAAAAAGAUAACUGAACAGUUCCAGCAAUUACAGAAGGAGCUGGGGGAGCGAAAGCAACAAGCAGUGGAAUUAGAAGAAGGAGUCAUUCCAGAUUCUCCAGUUCUGACUUCUUCAUUUUCUGUCGUUAAUCGUAUGAGAAGAAAAAAAGAGAAUAGGCAUAUCCGAUACACAGAACAUACACACCCAGAUUUAGAACUUGCAGAGAGCAACAGUGAGUUUGGAAAAAUUCCGCUGUAUUCCACACAAGUCAACAGUCACCACGGAGAAGAGAUACUAGUGCCAGACACCUGUGAUCCACAACUGUCCCCUGUACCAAAUAAACCAAGGAUGGGAGGCUAUCCUAUUCCAAAGCCAUCUUUUAACUUGGCUGCAGUUGUGGCAGAAACAAUUGGACUUGCUGUUCAAGAGGAAUCUGAGUCCCAGAGUGUACUGAGUCCUCCCUGCACUAAUACUGAAGUCCAUCCAGCUUCUGAAUCAAGAAAGGAUGACAACAAUUUAGGUCUUUCAGAUCCAUCUCAGAACACUCCACCACACGUUGACUGGGAUUCUCAGGUAGCCUCUCCUGUUUUUGGAGCUCCUAGCAAUAUGAAGAAUAACGCCAGUACAAGUCAUGCCUCUUGUAUUUUAGAUUCAGGAUUGAAGCCUAAUCUCAAAACCAACCUCUUCAACAAUCCUUCCAGUUCCAGAUCUCAUAAAAGUAGAUCAAAAUCUGAAGAUGUUGCUUUUGUUGCACCACUGAAUCUUGGAACUGAAAUUAACUCAGUUAUCAGCCAGGCCUCCAUCAGUAGGCAAAUGGUUGUGCAAAAGAAUACUAAUGAGGCUGUAACCUGUGUUGGAAACACUUGUGCAGCUAAAAAUGAGGUGACCAAGAGCGAUUUCCUUCUCAUGCGCCAGAGGCAGCUAGAAAGCAGGUGUGCUAAGAGAAGGAAAGCUGAAGAUGAGCAUGCAAUUAGCUGUGAAAAAACAUCCUUCAACAAAGAGAACUCUAUGCCCUUUCGAUCAGAUGUUCACCAUAUUAAUGGGGAACAUACAGUUGAUAAGCCCUUGGAUCUGUCUGAUCGCUUCUCUGGAGUUCGUUGUCAAGAGAAAAAACAAGGAAGUGAGGAGACCUGUAAAAAUAGACUGAAACAGGUGACUCUGCAUGACAUUUUUUCACAGCUAGGGAAGCCCAUUCCUGAAGGUUCAUCAUCCAUUCAAAAUACCAACAAUGAGAGCUGUUUGUUUGGCAGAGAUUUACAAGAGGAAUCCUAUGUACAGGAGGCAAUGCUAGGAAAAACAUUCCCAGAUAAGAAAAACGAGAUCCAAAUGAAAGAAGAAGUUCCUCCCUUCAGAACUGCACCACUGCCGAGUUCCGCAGAGACAGAGCAGCUUUUUGAUGAUGUGAAGGUUGCCAGUGGCCAUGUACCAAAUAGAAAGAAAACAAGGACAGGACAUGGAGAGUCUGAACCAGCAUCUGUACUUCAACCAAACCCUUGUAGACUAUCAAAAAAUAAAGCACUGCAAAAUGAGCAAGACCUGAAAGAUAAAUCUUCUUUAGAAAACCUCCAGUGGAGCAUAGACCCAGGAGCUGACCUUUCACAGUACAAAAUGGACGUUACCGUGAUUGAUACAAAGGGUGGUUCUCAGUCAAGAGUCGGAGGGGAAGCUGUUGAUAUGGAUUAUACAUACGUUAAUGACAGUGUGCUAUUAAAAUUGAAAAAUCAAGAGCAAAACCAGGAAGGCAGUCCAAGAGGAGAAAAAAAAAUGAAUGAUACUUUAACAGAAAUGUUUGAUCGGACAACCCAUGAAGAAUAUGAAUCCCACCUACCAGAAGACAGUCUUUCUGCUGCAUGUGAUGAAAAAGAAACUCUUCAUGAUGAAGAACAGGAUAAGGGAAUAACAGCAGCAAGCAAGAAACUAAAGAAACAUGAGGAUAAACAAGAUAGAACCAAGCAGAAAGCUUUUGUAGAGCCAUAUUUCAAAAGUGAUGACAGAAAGAAUACUGUGUUAGAUUUUCCUCAUAUUGAGGUUAUUCGAAAAAAAGAAGAAAGAAGAAAAUUGCCUGGCCAUACUUGUAAGGAAUGUGAAAUAUAUUACGCAGACAUUCCAGAAGAAGAGAGAGAAAAGAAACUAGCUUCCUGUUCAAGACACAGAUUUCGCUACACUCCUCCAAAUACUCCUGAAAAUUUCUGGGAGGUUGGAUUUCCUUCCACCCAAACUUGUGUGGAAAGAGGAUAUAUUAAAGAGGAUCUUGCUCCCUGUCAACGUCCAAAAAGACGGCAGCCUUAUGCUGUAAUGUUUUCUCCGAAAGGCAAAGAGCAGAAGACAUAAAGGAUGGCGAAGUAAGGCACGCCAACUUGAAGAGUAUCUUUCCUGUCCUUAGAUAUUUAUAGGUAAUAUAAACUUGAAAUAAAGAACUGUUUUCCACAAUGAUAGAUAAAUCAUUUCAUUAAAUAUGUAAAUUUUAUAAAAUUCAUUUGAAAAUCUGAUGUACCAGGACACAAAACUAUUUAAUGUAUGUUUGUUUCAUAUUGUGUUAAUACAUUUUGUAUUAAUUUUUGCACCUGUCAGACAGAGUCUCCCAUUUUUUUCUUUGAAGUCAACAGCUAAAAUUCCAGCAAAUCCUGUGUAAACUUUGUGUCAGUGAGUAACUGCUUUGAAGUCACUGAAAUCAGUUGUUCUUGCAAGGUCUAAAUGCCUGUCAAUGGGAACAGAAAUGCAGAUUUUGUAGGAUGCUUCUAUUUUGCACUGGAUUUUUUUAUAUAGCCUUUCUCUUUUGACAAUAAUGGUUAUAUCUGCUUGUAAUAAAGCUGUAUUAAAUAUGAAA